AUGGCAGCACCAGGUACUAGCAGUCCAGGCGAUAUGCGACGAAGGCACCAGUCCCCUCGACCCAAAGGCCGUGAAAAUACCAAGAACGUGCUUUGCAGGAACAUCACCAUAUAUGGCAGUUGUAGAGCACAGAACAAUGGCUGUCCCUACAAUCAUGAUCUGCCUCCGAAAUCUAAUCAACAGACGGAAAGUGCCAAACGCUUCUUGAACGUCGAUUCACCUUCUUUCAAGCCGCUUUCACCAGUCACGAACAGCGUGCAGCCUGCGAAGACUCUCGGUAUCUCACCAAAGGCUGCCUCGGCAGCUAUCUUCACUCCUAAAUUGACUGCAGCAGCACCUGCACCAGCAGCCAAACAAUCAUCGACAGAGUGGUCCCAGCGGGGUAUACAAGAGUUCGUGCCACAGAACUUUGUGCCUCAAGCAGCCGAAAAUGGUCAAUCCGGCAACAAUCUCGCCUCCUUUGACCCGUUCACCAUGCAAAGCAACGCUGGCCAGAUGUCUGAUACUUCACACGCUCCGCAAAUCAACCCUUACGCGCAAGAUGCUUCCGCUCUGGCUGCGAGUACAAUGUUCUCUGCUGCCGCUGCCUUCGCCCAUCCACUUAGCUACCACCUUUACGCGCCUUUAGGGCCUCAUCGUGAGAAUCUCAUGGCUUACCAGCGAACAACUCAUGAUCUAUUCAUCCCCGAUCACUUACGUGAAGAGAUGCAACGCAAAUCCGAGGCAUCUCUCCAAACUUUCUCCAAUACAGCCCUGCCUCAACACAUAGAGCACUUUCACUCCCUAGUGGCUCUCGACACGAACGCCCAAAAGUCUACGUCGGCAUAUGGCUACCCAAGUUGGGUAUACAAGGCCACUUCAAGCAAGGACGGUUACAACUAUGCCCUGAGACGCUUAGAAGGCUUCCGUCUGACCGACGAAAACGCGAUACGUGCCAUACAGACCUGGAAACGCAUCAGUAAUGGAAACGUCGUCACUGUUCAUGAUGCUUUCACGACUAGGGCAUUCGGAGACAGUUCGCUAAUAGUUGUCACCGACUAUCAUCCUCUUGCGCAGACUGUGGCUGACAAGAUCUUUACCCCCAACUCGAGGAAUCCAGGCGUCAACCUGGCACGAUCUCCAGGAAGCUUUGUCACAGAUCACGAAUUGUGGGGCUACAUUGUUCAGUUGGCGUCCGCUAUCAAGGCCAUACACUCUAUAGGCCUUGCCGCACGUCUAAUGACCCCUCAGAAGAUCUUGGUUACCUCCAAGAGUCGACUGCGACUCAACGCUUGUGGUAUUCUCGACAUUACCCAAUACGAACAGGGUCGCAGCAUUUCGGAGCUCCAACAAGACGACUUGCUACAGAUGGGCCGCUUGAUCCUCUGCAUAGCCAACAAGAACCCUACGGCUCAUCACAACACGCAGAAAUCGCUCGAGCAUGUUGGUCGGGCUUACAGCGAGAAGAUGCGUGAAGUAGUUACCUGGCUUCUCACUCCAGGAACACCAACGACACCCACUCAGGCGCCUGCGGGCUCCCCGGCUUCUGCAGUGUCGACCUCAACUUCUGACCACAACAUUGACAACUUCCUUUCACUCAUGUCGUCACAAAUAACACUCACUUUCGACGCCAGUUUACACGAAGCAGACUCGCUGACGAGUAACUUAUCCCGUGAACUUGAGAAUGCACGGCUCGUUCGUUUACUCACCAAGCUGAAUAUGAUUCUUGAGCGCCCAGAGGCGACUCUAACGUCUAGCUCUGCAAACCCGAACCAGCCUGCUGCUCCUCACACUUUGAACCACACAUCUUCUGCCUGGUCCGAGACCGGAGAACGUUAUUACCUCAAGCUGUUCCGCGACUAUGUUUUCCAUCAAAUCGAUGCGGAUGGCCGGCCUGUUCUUGAUCUCGGACACAUCUUAACAUGUUUGAACAAGUUGGACGCUGGUAGUGAGGAGAAGAUAAUGUUAGUCAGCAGGGAUGAGCAAAACUGCUUCGUCGUUAGCUACAGGGAGGUGAAGAGAGGGUAUGAAAGUGCAUGGACAGAGCUGAUGAAGGCCAGUCAGGGAGGAAGAAGAUAG